AUGAGCAGCAUCAGGUUCCCGGUGGAGGUGAAAGCCGUAGGCUUGCUGAAACAUGGAAAACAGAAGAUCUGCAUGCUUUCUGUGUCCUGGUCAGAUCAAAACAACAUCCUCAUCUACAGGGCAUUUGAAGAAUUUAAGAAACUCCACAAAGAACUGAAGAGAAAAUUCCCCAUUGAAAGUGGUCUAUUGAAAAAGACUGAACGGACUAUCCCCAGUUUUCGAGAUGCAAAUGUGAUGCUACGGAAAAAGCAGACGUUGAGCAGAUGUAUGGAGAGUCUGAAAUUGCUGGAGAUUUACUGCCAGGAGCUGCUGAGAACACAGCCCCAAAUUGUGCACGGGGAAGACAUGAUUGAGUUUUUUGGAGCACAAAGCCGAGAUCUGAACCCUUCGUUUCCAGAAAACAGCAUCGUAGUUUUGCCUUCUGAAAUGGGAGACAGGAAAGAAGCCGCGCCCACUCCCUCCAACCCAACCAUCACACAGCCUGUCGUCUCCCAGAUGUACACGUGCGUUGAAGCCUUUGAAACCAACGACACCAAGAACAGGCCCUUCAAAGCCAACAGAGGGGAAGUGCUGGGAGUUCUUAUGAAGGACAAAACAGGCUGGUGGCUGGUGGAAAACCACAGGAAGCAGAUCGCCUGGUUCCCAGCGCCGUACCUGGAGGAGACGGAGGAGGCGCCCAUUGUCAGGGUACCCAGCAAGGAAGGGAUGCUGCAUUUCCUCACGCGGGCCUACGAGGCCAAGGAACCGGAUGAGCUCUCUGUGAAGGUCGGCGUGGUGGUGGAAGUGCUGGAGAGGUCAGACAGUGGCUGGUGGCUUGUCUGGUACAAUGGGAAUGCUGGCUAUGUCCCCUCCAUGUUCCUCCAGCCCUAUCAAAACCCCCACAGCAGAUUCCUGGCUCUCGCCCACAGCAGCCUGAGCCUCUCCACCCCGAACCUCGCUGAAGCUCACGGUGUCGUAAGCAGGAGUUCCCCAACCCAGCAGAAAGGCGACCGCGGGGAGGCAGCCCAGGCUCACAGAAGGGGAGGCAGAGGCCCGCCCCUGGGCAGGAUCAGGUCCCACUCCCUGGGCACGGCUGAGGACAACGCAAGCCCCAACCUGGCCACCGAGGACAGCCUGUCCGACAGCUCGGGGACCGUGAGUGAACAGGGAUUCUACUGGCCCCAGGACCCUGACGGCCAAAAGGUGGGCACCAAGUCCCCCGCAGAGACCUUCCACGAUUCCUUAAGGAGUGAAGACAGCCCCUCCCCAUCCUUGGACAGCAAGCACCGGAGUGACUCCGGCUUCCACGAGGCGGCUUUGGGCUGCACGCUCCCUUCCUCCGAUCCCGAUGGCCUGGUGGUGCCCCCACGCCCCUCACCACAUGAAAUCCUCCAAAGGUGCACCACCAUAACCAAGAGAGCCAUGCAAGGGGCGUCCCCUUAG